AUGGCCAAGGCAAAAACCACCAGUGGCUGGCGCACUGGUUGGCACGGUGCGCCAUUGGUGGUACGUGAUAGAGGAGCUGGUGGCGUGCUGAGAGGCGCGAUGCGCCAAGGCCCAACAUUCAGAGGCACUUCUCAAGCACGCAAAGAGGCGCGGCGUGCCAACACUAAGCAAUUGGAGCAUGUUCGUGGGGCAAUAAGAGGAGCUACAAGACGUUGGUUAGACUCUGAGCCACCAAAUUCCAUUACCACUUGGGAUAAUCUAGCAAAGAAGUUCCUGAGUAGAUUUUUCCCAUCUAAGAAAACCGCGAAGUUGAGAGGGGAGAUAAUAAACUUUGUUCAAAAUCAAGGGGAGGACAUGUACCAAGCAUGGGCACGUUUCAAACAAAUGUUGAUUUCUUGCCCACACCACAUGCAAACCAAUAAGGUACUUGCUCACACUUUCUUUGAGGGUUUAGACUAUAAUGCUCGUUCUCUUCUUAAUAGUGCAGUAGGUGGACAGGCCCUAUCCAUAACGAGUGAAGAGUUCUUCGCCCUACUAGAUAAACUUUCAGGAAGAAACCAAGGGUAUGAGGGGGAAAUGUCUAAAAACCCCACCCAAAAGGCUGUAGGGAUCUUAGAUGUAGACCAAGCUACUGCCAUAAAUGCCAAAUUAGAUGCAAUGCAACAUAACAUAACCUUACAAAUUAAACAAAUAGCUCUAAAUCAGGCACCGAUAAACAUGGUACAACAAGCAGCAAAUUGGUGUGAGGUAUGUGGUGGUGGAACUUAUGAAACCGAACAAUGUGAGGCAAACCCGGAUUCCGCGCAAGGGAUUAACCAAUACCGUUCUCAAGGAGUUGGGCAACAAUACUUAAAUUCUAACCAAGGCCCAAAUCCGAGUGCACCAAAAGGGGGGAUGACCAAUGAAGAGCUACUCCAAAAGCUCAUGACUGAAAUAGAGACCAAAUUAAAUGCUAGAAUAGAUAAGCAGGAUGAAAACAUUAGAAACAUCCAGAUGUCGCAAAUGAGUUUAGAGAAACAAGUUGCGCAAGUGGCUAAUUCCUUGAACUUGCGUCCUCUGGGCGGGCUGCCCGAUGUUACUGAGCCAAAUCCAAAGCAAUUGCAUGUGGUAAGUACUAGAAGUGGGCUGCAAUUAGAGGAACUAGCUCCAAAGAAAAGAGACACUGAGGUAAGUAACAAAGAAAAGAAGGUGGAAGAGGUAGUAAAAAGCUCCAAUGUUGAGGUACCCGUUCCUCAAAAGAAAUUACCACCUCCAUUUCCACAGAGGCUGAAAAAGCAGAAUGAAGAUGAAUGCUUUGGUAAGUUUCUCUCUCUCCUUAAACAAGUUCACAUUAAUCUACCUUUGGUUGACAUUUUGCAGGGUAUCCCGAAGUAUGCUAAGUACGUGAAGGACAUAGUGGCCAGCAAGAGGAGACUCACUGAAUAUGAAACUGUAGCACUUACUGAGAAGUGCAACUCAAGGAUCCAAAACAGACUGCCCAAAAAGUUAAAAGAUUUGGGUAGUUUUACUGUGCAGAUUACAAUUGGGCAAACUGUUCACACCCGGGGGUUGUGUGAUUUGGGGGCAAGUAUAAAUUUGAUGCCUCAAUCUUUGUAUCAAAAGCUUGCGUUAGGUAGUCCAAAGCGAACCACUAUUAUUCUCCAACUUGCAGAUAGAUCCAUUGUUAGGCCAGAGUGGGUGGUAGAAGAUGUGUUAGUGCAAGUAGGUUCAUUGAUUUUUUUGGUAGAUUUUGUGGUCUUAGACUUUGAACCCGAUUCUGAAGUUUUAUUCAUUUUGGGACGAUCUUUCUUGGCCACAGGUAGGGUAUUGAUUGAUGUAGCAGCUGGUCAACUAACCAUAAGGGCACAUGAUAAGGUAGAGGUAUUUGAUGUUUACCGCGCUUUAAAAUUACCUUCUAUUUAUGAAGAGUUGUCUGCUAUUACUGUGGUUGAUUGCAUAGUAGAAUCACAAGUAGUUGUGCCUGAAGAUCCUUUAGAAAGAGUGUUAGUGGGUCAUGAGAUAAAGGGAGACCCUGAAGCUCAAGAGAUUGAAUCAUGCUUAAAUCUAGCACUAGUACACACUCGUAGGAAUCAAGUGGAGUCAUUAGAUCGCGAGUUGGGGGCCCCACCAAAGCUAUCAAUAGAAGAAGCCUCGACUUUGGAACUAAAAACUCUACCGGCUCACCUAAGGUAUGCUUAUUUGGGUACUAAUGAAACCUUGCCUGUUAUACUUUCUGCAGAAUUGUAUGACUUACAGGUUGAUGCGGCACUGAGGAUCUUAAAGUGGAGGAGGAAAGAUAUUGGAUGGCAGAUAGUUGAUAUUCAUGGGAUUAGUCCGGCUUUAUGCAUGCACAAAAUUUACAUGGAAGAGGAUCACAAACCCAAAGCAUAA